AUGUCACUAGCAAAGAGUGACAGUCUAGCCUCCACGUCUCUAUGGCUCAGGCAGGUCACCCUCCAGCGGGCGCUAAAUCCUCCGAGCAACGACCACACACUACCCAGCAUGCACCGCUUCCGCAACAAGAGCAACUUUAUCGGCAGUGGCCGCCAGGGCGGGGCCUGGGCGAGGGGCGUGGCCAGGACGCCUGGGUUCCAUGGCCGGCUCUGACACUGAGCCGCUGUGUGACCUGGGCUCUGUGGGGAGCGAGGCCCAGCCAGGCGUGGCACUGCAGGCCCUGCCCUCGGGGCUGUGCCCAGGGGACAUGUGCUGCCUUGGGGGGCCUGGGCGAGGGGCGUGGCCAGGACGCCUGGGUUCCAUGGCCGGCUCUGACACUGAGCCGCUGUGUGACCUGGGCUCUGUGGGGAGCGAGGCCCAGCCAGGCGUGGCACUGCAGGCCCUGCCCUCGGGGCUGCGCCCAGGGGACACGUGCUGCCUUGGGGGGCCUGGGCGAGGGGCGUGGCCAGGACGCCUGGGUUCCAUGGCCGGCUCUGACACUGAGCCGCUGUGUGACCUGGGCUCUGUGGGGAGCGAGGCCCAGCCAGGCGUGGCACUGCAGGCCCUGCCCUCGGGGCUGCGCCCAGGGGACACGUGCUGCCUCGGGCAGCGUUCCCAGCCGCCUGGCCGGGGCCACAGAGACACGCUGAAGCCCUGAACCGUGGUAGGACUGGGGCAUGGCCCCCCUGCUGGCCUCCCGUGGCUGGAGAAUCCACACAGGCCUUUCCCCCAUUUGUCCGCCCCACCUAAGCAGCUGCUCUCCCGGUCAAGCGUCACUCAGUAAUCUCCUUUGCCGUAAUAAAUCUAAACCGGGCCAUCUGUGAGCAGAGCCAGCCCUGUCAAACAGGAGGCAGGAGCAGAAAUCCAGGCAGCACCAUUCUAGUGGAAGCCUCGGGACCUGUGGGCAGUGGCAGAAGAUGGUGGUGUCUUCCAUGGCAGAGAGGAAUAAGGAGCUGAUCCUGGAGGUACUAGCUGACUACGUGGAUAAUACAAGCCAAGCCUUUGGGCUGGAGCUGGCUUCUGGGACUGGGCAACAUGUGGUACAUUUUGCCCAAGCCCUGCCUAAUGUCACCUGGCAGCCUUCAGAAGUCAGCCCAUCUGCCCAUCUUAUCAUCUCUGCCUACAUCAGAGCCACCAAGGUGCAGAAUGUGAAGACGCCGCUGGCCAUUGAUGUUUCUCAGCCCUGGGACCAGCGGGCAGGCUUGAGCAAGGGCUGCUGCAAUGUCAUCGUCAUCAUCCAUCUGCUGCACUUCCUUGCCCAAGGCCUGGAGAUACUAUUCCAGGAUGUGGGCCAGCUGCUGAAGCGGGGAGUGUGCCUGAUCUAUGGGCCCUUUGCCAUCAGUGGGAUCAUCAGCCCUGAAUGCAACAUCGAGCUGGAGGAGAAGCUCCAGGAGAGGAAUCCAGGCUGGGGGCUGUGGAGGAGCUGCGGCAGCUUAGCCACCCCCAACGCGCUGCGCCUCGAGCAUAUGGUAAGGUUCAGCGUGGUGUGGGAAACAGGCAGGUUUCAAGGCUUGGGGCUAGCUGCAGGGAGCUGCUGAAUUGAAUUGUACUUCCUAUGAAAAUGGGGGACUGGCGGCAUGAGCAGGCAGUGGCAGACUUUCUCCAGCCACGGUGCUGCAGCUGGCCCCAGGCCCCACACCCAGUCCGCUGCACUUCAGUCCCCUUACACACACAGAGCUCGACUCCAGCCCUGCAGCUCAUGCCUGGAGGCCUUGGUUGCUUCUCUAAAGCCCUUCAGAAGCCUGGUUGUUCUGCAUCUUAAUGCCAGUUUUCCUCAAUGCCAGAAUACACCAACUGCCUGAUUUUUUGGAGGAGGGAGAUGGCAUAGGCCCAGCGGGGCUGCAGGAUGUUUGAGCAUGGCUGCCUGAAGCCAAUGGGAUAGGGACACCCAAGAAUAAAUUGCUUUUAAAUUAAUCUGUCUCUGCCAUGGGCUGAGGGUAGCUGCUCCCUGGGGCCUGCACAGAGGCCAGCAGCCUAGGAGUAGAGAGCAGUGCAUCCAAGCCCCUGCAGAGCGAGAGGCCCAGGCAGCCCAGGCUGGGAUGCUCCUUCUCUUCAGGCUGACCCUGUCUGCUCUUAUGCACAUCUGGGGGCAGGAGGAGUGGCCCUGCUGCCCUAUCCAAAGCCAGUGAACCUCGCUCUGCCAAGCCUUUGCUUGGCACCGAAGGCAUCACCACUGGAGCAUGUUACAGCCCCACUUCACUGCCUGCCAAGCAGCCUUCCACCAAACCCCUCUGCAGUGGCCCUGAUCUCGCAGGAACAGCAGCACCAGGCCCAGAGCAACAGCUCUUUAAAUACAUUUUAUUGUCACUGUUUCCAUUCUGGCUACUCCACCACUACAUAUGAGAGAUGAGUGUUCAAAAAGCAGGGAGGGCCAGGCUCCCAAGGAGGGGAUGGAGGAUAUGGGCAUAGGGCAUGCGGAAGGGCCUGAGCUCCCAGGAACAUGGAAUGCAAGCACAGGGCCAGGCUCCCAUGGAGGGGCAGGGGAUCAGGGUGGAGGGUGCAAGUUGUGGUGAGGGGCUGAGGCUCCUACUGGGGCAGAGGAGGAGCCAGCCAUGGUGCACACUGUGCAGAGAGGGAUAGUGGCAGAAGCCAAGCUUUGUGCACAGGGGCAGCUCUGCAUCAGAUCUCAUUGCCCCCUUUGUUCUAGGGUCAGGGCAGCAGCAAGUACUUGGGGCAUGAUUAAGUCUCUCGCCUGCUGCAGAGCAGGGAAGGGAGGCCCUGGCCUGUGGCAUUAUUGCUCACUCUCCUGGAGCUCUUCUCAGGCCUGGCUCCCAGUCACCAUCCUGCCCUCAGCACCCUGGGGGGAAGCCCAGCAGCCAGGCUGCAGCCUCUGCCUUGCAGAAGUCUCUUCCUGAAGGGCCAAGCACCCAUUCAUUCUCCCUGUUGAGGUGGGGACGGGUUUCACUUCCAGCAACCACGGUCCGUUUCAGCCAGGUGGGGACAGCGCAGGGAAAAAGCCACAGGGAGCCAGAGCAGCAAGGAGGCCCCUGCCAGGCCAGGAGGGUGCAUGCCAGCUGGUGGGGCCCCAGGGUCCCACCCUCCCCUUGAGUAGGGCCAUUCCACAGGGAAGGGGACAGGGAAGAGACAGAAAUGGCUA